GUGACGCCACCUUCGGUCUCUAGGCAACGUGGGGGCUCAAAACUCGCAACCGGGUGGCCGCUACUUGCGGGCCCUGCUCUUCUGGAGCGGGCCCGUGAUCGUUUGGCGCUCGAAGCCAUGAGCCUGCCGCUGCUGCCGGGCCUCGGCUUCAACCGCAAUGUGGGAAAAGAGAAAUUUCAUAAGUCUCAACAUUGGGGCUUUUGCAACAAUGUUGGAAUGCUGCUGAGUGGUGAGAAACCUGGCAUAGGUGGAGAACCGCUUCCGGGACAGAAGAAAAAACCUGCACAUUCUGUCUUUCCUAAAGGAAUUGGAAGUGCUGCACCAGCCUGGGUAGCUUUCGAUAAGCAUGUAUUAUCUUUUGAUGCCUAUUUAGAAGACGAAAUGCCUGAUAAAUUUCAAGAAACAUAUAGAAUACGGUACUAUAAAAUUUACUUCUACCUGGAAGAUGACACGAUUCAAGUUAACGAACCGAGGUUGAAAAAUAGUGGAUUGACGCAAGGAACUGUGAUUCGCCGUCAUCGUAUUUCUCUUCCUCCGCCAGACGAUGACAAAUAUUACACUGUGUACCAUUUCAAUAUUAGCAUAGACCUUGUACUUUAUGGCCGGACAUUUAAGAUUUAUGACUGCGAUCUAUUCACAAAGAACUUUCUGAAGAACAUAGGAGUCAAAUUAAAUCCUCCGAGAAAGCGUCCAGAAGAUCCUUACUUGAAGUUAAGGAAAGAGAAAUGGGAUGUUGUGCAACCUUUUCGUCCCUAUGAAUCUUUUGACACGCUGGGCCAAUUCCUGGAGUAUGAUCGGAAAGUUUUGCGUUUUUUCUGCCUAUGGGAUGAUACGGAUUCACUCUUUGGAGAGCGUAGAGAACUCGUUUUACACUUCUUUCUAGCUGAUGAUACUGUUGAAAUCAAAGAAGUGAUGCCACACAACGCAGGCCGAGACGCCUCAUCAUUGUUCCUCCAGAGGUCAAGGUUACCCAAGUAUGGCCCUCCUGGAAUCUUUCAACCAGGCCAGAGAACCGAUAAAAUAGUUCUCAAUUUAUAUGGUGGCAUGACUGAAAACCGAGUUACUGGCUACUUGAUGGAUAAAUACAAGCUAGAGAAAGUACAGCAAGAAUAUUAUAAGGAUACUGACUUGACCCUAGGAGCUACCAUCAAUGUGUGGGGAAGAAAAGUAAUCCUUUGUGAUUGUGAUGAAUUUACAAAGCUUUAUUAUAAGACUAGAUAUGGAAUUGACAAGUUUGCCUCGAUUCCAUGCAAGCCUCCACCUCCUCCAAAAGUCGAAAGGAAAUUUCCACCUUAUAACGGCUUUGGUUCUGAAGAGGACUCCCUCCGUACCUGCAUAGGUCUAAUUCCCACACCUCAUCAAAGAAACUUUAAGAUGUUCAUGGAAAAAGACAGCUACGGCAACAUAAGUAAUACAUUACGAUUUUUCGCAAGACUAUUCACACACAAAUGUACUGAUGCAGAGAGGAUGUUUAUCAUUUCGUAUUUUCUCAGUGAUAACACAAUGGCAGUAUUUGAACCUAUCGCGAGGAAUUCAGGCUAUACUGGUGGAAUGUUCUUGAAAAGAAUUCGUGUGAAGAGACCUGGACAAGAAGUGUUCAAAAGUGAACUGUCAGAGUAUAUCCAGGCUGAGGAGCUAUAUGUCGGAGCGAAAGUGAAUGUGAACGGCUACCUGUUCCUUUUGCUCAAUGCUGAUGAGUACACCUUAAAGUACAUGGAAGAUAAUGUGGACAAGUAUCCUCGGAGCAAUAUCAAACUUGCCCUAGAAAAACUGAAAGCAGAGGAAUAUAAAUCGAGAGAGAUCAAGCAGGCAUUUGCGGCUCUUGACUGUAACUGUACAAUGAAGGUGAAGUUCAGUGUUUUCAGAGAUCUACUGAUGACUAUAACGGUUGGCAGACUCACAGACCAGGAAGUUAUAACUAUUGCACGUCAAUACCCAGCACCUGAUGAUAACCGGUGCUCAGAAAAAUUAUUCUUAAUUGCCAAGGCCCAUGAGAAGUUCAAGAAAAAUCAUUUUGAACACUUUGACAGAAUACUUGCUAAUUGUGUUUAUGAAGAUAGAGAGAGAACAAACUCAUUACCCACCAAAGAUAUCAGAAGGCUGUGCAAGACUGGCAGAUUACCUUUGACGGAUGAUUUUCUAGAAGCCUUACUGUCCAAGUUUGAAGACAGUAAAAAACAAAUCAAUUAUAAGACAUUUUUCUGUGCCAUGAACUUCAGAAUCAACCCAAUGCCUGAACUGCAAGCAGAGUCGGUCGAAAGAGAGAUAUGUGAAGAUGAAUGGAUCGGAAUGCCAUCACCCGUUCCUGUGAGAUGCAUCAACUAUUUAGCUCUUAUAAAGGAUAUAUAUGGAUUAGACGAUGAGUAACCCUAUCAGGUUGUUCAAGCCAACAACCUUUGAUUACAUUUUCUAAUUUUUGCCAAGCUAUUGUAGUAGAAACAGAAAAAGAAGCAAGGUUCAUUAUGAGCUGUGUUCUUGAACCACAAUUAAUUUCCUUUGUCAUUUCAGUUUUUCAGAACAUCCUAUUAUAUUACUGAUGUACCAGCUUUAUUAAAAUGACAUUAAAGAAAUAUUGCACAUUUUA